AUGGCGACCUCUCUCGCUGCUCAAUUGGCGCAGGUAGCCGCCAAUUCGAAGUCGACUCUUAACGUCAAGGCGCAAAAGGCUGCCCAUUCCAAAUCGCUAAUCUGGGAGCCUCGAGUUGCCGCUACCCAGAGCUAUCAAAACCUUUAUACUACCUGCAUCCAAGGGUUCGAGGAACUCUGUCAGCUGGAUGCUCGCUUUGCGCCGUUCCACUCCACCAUCUUCAGCGAGGAGAGCCAGAACCAGGAUCGCACCCAGCUCACAGCUGCUGAGAAUGAGGAACUGGAUCGUCGCGUUGAGGCUUUCCUGCGCCUUGCAGGUAGCCGACUCAGGCUGAUGCCUGCGAUCAAGUCUAUCGAAUGGCUCAUCCGAAGAUUCAGAAUUCACGAGGAAAACACACAGGCUCUCUUACUGACUUUCCUGCCUUACCAUUCGAUCCCAGCCUUCGCUACGCUACUCUCGAUCCUCCCGAACAAGAUUCCCCAUGACUUUCGCUUCCUCGAUCCUUACAUCCGUUCCGUCACAUCUCCUCCUCGAUCCGUAUUGGUUCGACAGGCCAUCAUGCACCCUGUCUUCCUUACGCUCAUCUCCGAGUACACCCUCCAAUCAUGCCGGAUGCAGUACAACUAUCCUACCCUGAUUUCUUUCUGGGCUGGUAUCAUGACGGAGGCAGUCGGCGGUAUCUUGGACAAGACUAGGUCAGGCAGAGCCAAUGUACAGAGCGAAAACGACCAAAACUUGCUUCACCGAUUGGGACCUAUCUUUGCCGAAUCAUUAGUUAUGAAGAAGGUCCCCAGCAUUCAAGUCGCUUCAUACAUGGCCAUCGCAGUUUUUGUUGCCAAGGGUAAUCUUGAAGAUAACGCUGUGACCGCAUUCAUGGACCAGACUGUCUAUGGUUGGACAACCGAGACUGUCAGGCCAGCCCUUGUUGUUCUCGCUACCCUGGCGCAGUACCGAUCUGCGAAGCAGAUGAGCGGCAAGACCACAAAGGCGUUGAUGAAGGUUACAGACAUUGGAAAUCUUCUCGUCGAGAUCGGUCAAGACCGACGAGUUGACAAGUUGGCCAACGGCCUCUGCCUUGCGCUGAUUGAGCGACUUACAAAGAAGGGUGACGCGCGAGGUCUAGCGACUAUCAUCACUAUUCUGAGCAGCUCAGUUCUCAAGGACAAACAAAUUGCCGUCAUUUUCAAGUCGCUUAUCUUGACUGCGCAUCGACUAAACGACGACAACGAUGAAGACGGAGCCCUUCGACAAGAGCUGGGCUCAGCCCUUAUCGCUUUGUCUCAAAACGAAGGCAAGUCCGGUGACACUAUUCAAUCCGUUAUCGAGGAAGUCAAGUUCGACAUUGAAGAGCUGGAGAUGAAACUCGACCUUUCCUUCCGCUCACGGCGACUACCCGAAUCAAAGAACGAUCAAGAUAUGAGCAAUGGUAUCGAGGAGAGGAAGACGCCUCAAGACUUGAGCCUCCUCCUUAAGGAGCUUUCAGGCCGAUCCGAAUCACUUUCUCCCUGCCUUGUCCCUCAACCUAGUGAAAUCUUUGACGAGUUCAGCCACAUCUUUUUCACGGUUGUUUCUGAGAGUUCUCAAAACACUGAGCUACUCUCCGAGUUCGAGCUGAACCCCAAGCUUCACCGACAGGCAGCCUUCAAGGAUUGUACCUACUUCAGUUUCUUCAUCCGUAUCUGGACUGGCCCCUACCCAGCUUUGGCCCGUGUCGCAGCUCUAGAUAUGGUUAAGAAGAGGCUUAAAGCUGGCGAUGCAGGAAAGACUGAUCUUCAAGCUCUGCUUCCUUACUGCAUAUCAGCCCUCAGCGAUCCCUCCAAGCGCGUCCGUAAAUCUGCCGCCGACUUGAUUGCUGUUCUCACUGGUCUUUACAUCCCUCCUGUACCUGCGAAGGGACUGGAGAUUUGGGGCGAGCGAGGCCUCUAUGGAAAGUCCAAGGAGUUCGCUUCCUUGGCUUCCGAUGUUGUCGCCAAGGUUUUGCACUUGCAGAUUCUUCCCACUGUGGAGGAGUGUGUUAUGGAUCCCGAACAUAUCACUGCUGUACUUCGCGCCGCCAUCGAACAAGGCAAAUAUCAAUCCAAACCGGACUCUUCACUGGACAAGAAGGACCACUUGUCUCAGCCCGGAAGACUGUCUUUUCUCCAAUUCCUUGCUUCCCACGUUGUCCACACGCCUUUGAUUUUGGUCAAGAGCAGACUAUUGAAGGCCGUCAACGAGAUCCGAGGUGUCAGCACCACAACAAGAACACAGCUUCUUCUUCCAGCGCUGCAAUGGUGGGCCAGCCUUAAUGAAGAUGAGGCAACCAAGCUCUGCAGUUCGGAACGUCUGGAAAAAUCUGAUAUGGACAACUGUCUCGUUGACAUAGUGGUCGCUAACGAUGUUGCUGGUCUGGAGUUCUUUAUGGAAUUCUUGAGGGAGCCGGAGCACACAGAAAAGGCGGGUCUCAUCCGUGCCAUCUUCGCACGUAUGAGGAAGAUCUGGUCGUCGAUGAAGCCUGACGUCAAGUUCACCGCGGCUGAACAGCUGUUGGAGAUUUCCCAAGACUCCGCUGUCUCUGCUGAUUCCAAGUCGAUCGUUUCUACUGAAGCUGCUGACUUCUUGAGGAACGUGAGACUCACGACCGAUAUUCUUGACUAUUUCCUCCAGUCCAUCCCAACUGGAACCAAGAUGAUUACCGAACCUCCGGCUAACAAGCGACGACGAAUCAGCUCUUCUGGAAUUGACCGUGGCCUCGUCACUCAGGUCACACCUGAAAUCAGCCAGGAGCUGCGAAAGCUCACAUUCAUUCUGCAGCUGCACUUCGGGACAGUUGUUGGAUCCGAGUUAGGCUAUUUGCAGAACCUUAUUCUUCGAAGCCUUCUUGCCAUGAUGCCAGUCUACAAGUCCAACAAGAAGCUCAAGAUUCACAGCUCUAGUAGCUACGGGGACCUACUUGUCAGAUGCAUCCAGAAGUCUUCUAGCCCUGUUGUCCAAAACGCUGCCCUUCUCCUGGUCGCUAGUCUGGCCGCUGCCGCGCCGAACGUGGUUCUUCAUAGUGUCAUGCCCAUCUUCACGUUCAUGGGUGUUUCCGUACUUCGUCAAAGCGAUGAUUACUCCGCCCAUGUUGUGUCCCAGACUAUCAAGGAGGUCAUUCCUCCGUUGAUCCAAUCUAUGCGCCAAGGACAAAAGAAUCCCCUCGCUGGUGCCUGUGACAUUCUCGUUAGCUUCACAACCGCUUACGAGCAUAUGCCUCCCCAUCGCCGACAGGGAUUGUUUGUUGCCCUGGUUGAAACUCUUGGUCCUGAGGAUUUCUUCCACGCUAUCAUUGGCAUGCUGGUCGAUAAAUAUGGCUCCAGUGACGCUCUGCUGCAAUUUGUUAUUGAGCUGCUCAACCACUUUAGCAUUGCAACACAGCUCCAAACACUCGUCAAGCUGCUCGACCUUAUUGCCGACUUGUUCAAGGCCAAGCCUGGUAUCUCAUUCGUUCUCCUUGGCAUCAGCGAAAACGGAGAUGACAAGGACAAGGAUCUUCAAGAGAUUGCCCUCAAGCAACUAUCUGCCUUCCCCGUCUUUUUGGCCAACAAGAGGCUCAGAUCACAGAUUGGAGGCUUGAUGGAGAACGAUGAUAUGGAGGCAUCAAGGUUGAGGGAGCUCUACGCUACCCUCCUUGAGAACAUCCUUGUUCUGGCUGAUACUGUCAAGGCGGACACAACACUCCAUGGUCGUUGCGGUCAGGCUCUCCACAACCACCUCAACUUGCUCUCCAUCGGAGAGUUCAUCAAGGCUGUGGAGAACUUGCUUGACAGACCGGACAUGGGGCUGCGACAGAAGGUUCUCCGUGCCCUCGAGGUUCGAGUGGAACAAGAAAGCAACACUGAUCCGGCAUCCAGAGCUGUCCUGCUGGCAUUCCUUCCUCAACUUACUGCCGGUAUCCGGGAGUCGACCGACGUGCGUUACAAGCACACUGCAGUCACAUGCGUCGACAAGAUUUCUGAGAAAUACGGCAAGAAGGAUAUCGAGGCUGUUGUGGCCGCCGCUACAACAAUCGCCGGUGAGCAUUGCUUGGGUCAGCCUGAGCAGCGCCUUCGAGUCAUGGCUCUUCUGUGCCUCACCUCGCUUGUGGAUGUACUCCAAGAUGCAAUUGUGCCAGUGCUGCCCAGCGCACUCCCCAAGGCUGUCAAAUAUCUUGAUGAAAGCCUAGAGGAUGAUGAUCGGGACGAGGAGCUCCACGUUGCUAGCUACGGUUUCAUCAGUGCUUUGGCUCAGUAUCUUCCUUACAUGCUUUCAACGUAUCUUGACCGCGUCUUGGAAGUCUCCAAUAAAUCUGCCGAAAUUGACUUGGAAGACAACACAAGAGAAAGCCGUGUCGAUUGCCUUCACUUCGUGGCCAAGCAGCUCGAGGCAAAGGAGAUUUUCUCGGCCCUCGAUCGAAACUGGGAGAGUGCCAAGAGCGCUGGAUUCUCUGCCGUUGCUGAAUUUCUCGAUGUACUGGGCUUGGCUAUUGACAAGCAUCCCAAGUCCAGCAUUUCCAAGAAUGCCAUGCUACUGUCGAGCAUUAUCACAAAGGUCUUUGAUCUUCGACGACAGGAGCGUGUCAAGGGCGAGUUUGGCGAGCAGGAUCUUCUGAGACUCAGUGCUCUUGACGCCAGUGCCAACGACAAGGCAUUGAAGAUGAUUUACAAGCUGAACGACGCAGCUUUCAGACCUGUCUUUGUGCAAAUCAUCGAGUGGUCGAAUUCGGGUCUGCCCAAGAGUGACCGAUUGGGACGCUCUCUACGACAGUUCAGCGUCUACGGAUUCCUCGAGGCGUUUUUCGGCACCCUCAAGUCAAUUGUCACCAAUUAUGCUACAUACAUUGUGGAGGAUGCCGUUAAGAUUUUGACAACGGUGGAUCUGAAGAACCCUGAGGAGCGACAGCUCUGGACAAGGGUCCUGCAGACCUUGGGCAACUGUUUCGAGCACGACCAGGAUGACUUCUGGCAGGCUCCGGCCCACUUCGGCGCCGUUGGACCGGUACUGAUGGGCCAGUUCACACAUGCCGGCAUGGUGGAGGUGACGGACGAUCUUAUCCCAACAACUGUGGAGCUCGCCUCGGCGGCAGACUCACAGGCUCAUCAGAAGGAGCUCAACUCUGCGCUCCUGAAGCACCUGCGAUCCGAGUCUGCUGCAGUCAGACUUGCCGCGGUCAAGUGUCAACAGGCAUUGACAGAUCGUCUAGGCGAGGAAUGGCUAUCCAUGCUACACGAGAUGCUGCCUCGCAUCAGCGAAUUACAAGAGGACGAUGACGAGGUGGUCGAGCGUGAGACGCACCGAUGGAUCGUCAUGAUUGAGGAAGUGCUGGGAGAGAGUCUGGAUGCCAUGUUACAAUAGAGAAAAGGGAAGCGGACGAACGGAGUGGAGUUAUUAAAAAGCAAGCUUGAAAUAAGUAAGCCAUGACGUAGAGAGUCUAUAGUUUUUAGUUUUUUGCUAUGUAUGCA